AUGCAGUCUCAGUCCAUUAACAACGCGAAGCCGGCAGGCCUCAAACGCAAGGCUUCGGACCAGCCGGCGAAGGAGAACACCGCUGAGCGUCGGAAGAUCACCCGAGCCUGCGAUUCAAAGAAGACUAGAUGCUCCGGCACGCUACCCUGCCAUCGAUGCGCCAAACUGUCGCGACCUUGCGAGUACAACGCCCUGUACACCCGAGGAACGCCGCCAUCUCCACUGCCCGGCCCUGACUCACCGGCCCGUCAGAAUGCUGUACGACGCUCAGCGCAUGCUCAUCGCUCCCCAACAGAAGCCCUGGCUUCGCCUCACCCUGUCUCGGCUUUAGAGAAACCGUCGGCCACCCCACGGUUCCGGAGCCCCCAGUCGAUCGAAGUGCUCUCACCGAGAAGUACUUCCGCAGAACCGGAGGCGACCGAUCUUGAGGGGAAUUAUCUAGGGCCUUCAUCUGGGAUAUCUUUUCUCUCAAGAAGCUGGAGGCGGCUCAAACAAGAUGACAUCAUUUCAACCAACCCAAAGAUCAUUGAGAAGGAGACCCCGAAGAACACACCCGUCUUAUUGUUUGGCGAUCGGCCGUUUUCUACCAAGGCAGACUGGGAGAGCUUGAAAUUGCCUCCAAGAGAACGGGCAAGGAACCUGCUGGAUGUUUAUUUCGACUUUUCAAUUGUGACCUACCGCUUUCUCCACAGAAGGAAUGUCGAAUCGCUCAUUGAUAUGCUCUAUGUGAAGGAUAUCUCGCCGUCUAACCCCCCACCGAGUGAACUAGCUGCCAAGGUCGGGGUAAUAUUCAUGAUUUUUGCGGUUUCGAUCUUAGCAGAGGAGCGGAGUAGUGGGACGGAUAAAACACACACAGGAAGCGAAAGUGAGCGGUGGUACACAGCAGCCCGGCAUUUGAUGUCGAUCGAGACCGGGCCACCCGCCUUGGAGACAGUCCAGCUGGUGACCGCGCUGGGUCUGCACCGGAGGCGACUAUCAAAAAUCAACCGUGGCGGCCCCGCCUACGUCGAGCAAGAGCUGCGUAAGCGCAUCUUCUGGAGCGCAUAUACACUAGACAAAUACCUGAGUGUAAUGUUUGGACGCCCCCGAUUGCUAGACGAUGAGGACAUUGAUCAAGAUAUGCCGGACGAGGUUAAUGAUGAGGAUAUGUUCCUGGAAGCGCCACCAAAAUUCCAAGGAGCCGCAGACUGCAUGAUGACGGCAUCGGUCUUGCAUUUCAGACUUGGGCAUAUUACGGGCGAGAUCUCUCGAAGAGUAUAUCCGACGAAAUCGACAUCCACAGUAGCACCCUAUAAGGCAGCUAUUGAGCUCGUCGCGGAACUGCAAGAAUGGAAGAAAAGCCUUCAUCCGCUAUUUAGCAGUGUCCAGGCCUCAAGCUUGAUUCAACCGCUAUGUAGGCAAAGCCAUGUCUUACAACUAGCAUAUGACCACGCCAUGAUACAUGCAACUCGUUUGUUUAUUCUCAAUGAUUUCACCGAUCUAAGCCGUCGGCCCCUGAUGCCUCUUGACUUGGUUGCAACACAUGUACGAAACUGCAUAGAUGCUGCCAAGGAUAUCAUGCAACGAGUAGAUGCAAUGGCUGGGCGAGGAUCCAUGCUAGAGUCUUUCUGGUUCACCCAUUAUAUAUGCUUCUGCGCGAUUCUCGUCGUAUACAUCUACACCAUUCAACAACAUCAAUCGUCUCAGAACCCGGCAUCUCCAAGCCUGUCUGGCUCGGGAGACGAAGGCCAGGAUUUAUUCAGCCUUGCAGAAACUUGUCAGGUUCACCUCGCAAAAGCUACGCGCAAGAAUUGCCCUAGUCGACGAUACGGUAUUAUUCUCGAAGAAUUGAGGCUCGAUGUCCACAGACAGCUUGCAUCAGACCCUAAUCCGAGUCAAAUACGACGACCACACGGUGAUGAGCUCUCCCAACAAUCCCAGCCGGAAAUUAUUAAAGACGCAGCCCCGAACCUUGAUCAACCAUCGGCCUCUUUGUCCUUGAAUCCCAAUUUUGAACAAUAUACCGGAAACACGGCUAUUCCCGAUCUGGAUUCUAGCGACUUAUUUGGUGAUGAUGGGUUCAACUUCUUGGAUAAUUUAGAUGGAUCUGUUUGGUGGACGCAGCUGGACUCCUGGGCCUUUUCGAGUUUGAAUAAUGACUCAUCGGGAAUAAAUUUUUAA